GGCAAGUUCUCUUAGGUGGCAUUGCUUCGGUGGCACAGCAAAGCGUAAAGGCUGUGCCCUGCCUCUGGCUGAGCAGAUGCCAAACUCCCACGGGCCGGCCCCGCGCAGGAGCAGCCGCGGCACCCUCCGCCGAAGCCACCACCCGGGGUGCCCCAGGAUGAGAUGUCUCCUUUAGGCUUCCCAUCUGAGACUGAGGAUCUUCCAGCGUGCAUCCCACUCCCUUUACUCCUCCCCACCCCAAAGUGACAGCUGAGCUGCCCUGGAUCUUUUUUUUUUUUUUUUCAUGGAGUGACUUGGAUCUGUUGGGACAUCCUCAAUGUUGGCUCUUUGAUUUGCAUUCCCUCACCCCCUCGUCGCCCCCUUUUUUAAAUUUCUAGAUAUUUCAUUUAUUUUUCCAACCGGGAGGGGAGAGGGCGGGGGGGGCUCCUCUUGUGGACUAACCCCAUGAAGAACAAGGGUGCCAAGCCGAAGUCCAAGAAGAAGGGAGCCUUUGGAUGUGACCUGACCGAGUACCUGGAGUCCUCCGGACAAGAUGUUCCUCUUGUGUUGAAGAGCUGUGCGGAGUUUAUUGAGACUUACGGCGUUGUGGACGGAAUCUAUCGGCUGUCUGGGAUAACAUCAAAUAUACAGAAAUUAAGGCAGGAAUUUGGCUCGGAUCCGUGUCCGGACCUGACGAAGGAAGUCUACCUCCAGGACAUUCACUGUGUCGGCUCUCUUUGCAAGCUUUAUUUCCGGGAAUUGCCCAAUCCGCUCCUCACCUACCAACUUUACACCAAAUUCACAGAAGCGGUAUCAUGUUCGGUGGAAGGCGAUCAAUUAUCUCGGAUCCAGAAUGUCAUCCAGGAGCUUCCUCCUUCGCACUACAGGACUCUGGAAUACCUGAGCCGACACUUGACGCAUAUUGCCUCCUUCAGCUCCACCACCAACAUGCACAUCCGCAACCUGGCACUUGUCUGGGCACCUAACCUACUCCGGUGUAAAGAAAUCGAGGAUUCAGGGUGUAACGGAGAUGCAGCGUUUCUUGAAGUUCGGGUUCAACAAGUUGUCAUCGAGUUUAUCCUCAAUCACAUGGAACAGAUCUUCAGUAAGGACCCGCCCCCUCCCAUCAAGCAGAAAGAAGAGGAACACUUCCCAACCAACAAACUUCCCGUACCAGAAUGCCGGAUAGUGAAGAGCAUGACCCUACCCUCCGGAUCCCUGCCGAUGAAGCUGGUCAGUCUGGAGGAGGCACAGGCCAGGAGUCUCUCCGCCACUCACCCGGCCAGAAAGGAGAGACGGGAAAACAGCUUACCCGAGAUUGUACCGGUCAGCGGGACCUUUAUCCACACCGUCAUCGAUCUUCCAGAAAACAAGAGAAAACUGUCCACGAAGUCUAAGAAAUGGAAAUCCAUAUUUAAUCUGGGCCGAUCCGGAACCGAAUCCAAAUCCAAAUUAAGCCGUAAUGGGAGUGUGUUUGUUAGAGGACAGAAAGACAUGGGAGAGAAAGCCACGAUCCGACCUGCUAAGAGUAUGGAUUCCCUGUGCUCUCUUCCUGCAGAAGGUGAGGACGAUAAAGGUAACAGACUCAAAAGGCCUGUGGGCACUGGCGGGUUCUUCAUACCUGUCCUCAAGUCCCGCGCAACUGGAACUGGCAGCACUUAUGAUGUCAGUAAGCAAGACAGCGAGUGGGAUGGUGAAGAAGUAGCUGGGGCUGCAGGAGGCUCUAACCAAGACAAAGCCACCAAAAUGUCUCAGGCAAAGCAACCACCAGAGCAGAUGAAAGUCUUCAGGAUCGGGGACGAUUCUGAAAAUGAACAGAACUCUCCGAAAGGAAGGAAGAUGUUUUAUAGUGCCAAUGAUGGCUCCUCUAAAGCUGGCUUCCCUGGAAGCCUGUUUCCUUUAGAAGCUUCUCCAAGACACCAAAGAAAAGCUUUGAACAUCUCAGAACCGUUUUCAGUAUCUGUUCCUCUACGAGUGUCAGCAGUCAUCAGCAGCAACAGCACUCCAUGCCGAGGCAGCUCCAAAGACCGACCUCUUCUCUCCAGCCUGGAGGAACUGCCUCUACUGGAGCCUGACUCCGGGGCCAAAUCUCCAGACUCAACUGGUAGAUCUAGUCUUAAAACAGGAUCUCGUUCUCCGGAUGUAACUGAACCCGUCAAGAAACAUGAGCCCAGGAGGCCUUGCCUAAAAGAUCUAAGCCCGGACUUUUUUGAAGAAGAUAACAGAACUCUGACUCUGAAGGAAAUCUUACUGGAAAUGUCGCAGUUACCGGAUAUCUUACCGAUCUCGGUGGCAGACAGGAAGCCGGUGGAUUUUGUUGCGAUCAAUAAGUUACACGAAGCCAUUGAAUCAGAACCCAGCAAACCAGCAGAAGAUGGCACAGCCGAGACCUCGCCGGAGAUCAGCCCAACCAAUCAGCUGCAUUGUCAGUUCCCCAACGAUCAGGAGGAUGAUACGUCUAUUACUCCCGUGGAUCCUCUUUGGUCAGAUAUACAAGAGCUGAAGAUUAUUGAGUCAGAAGAAGAACUGUCUACUUCUGCAGGAACUGCAGCAGAUUCGAACAGAGCUCCAUCACCAUCUUCUCAAAGCAGUGAAGCUGUAAAAGAAGACAGUUCUUGCGAUGGGGCACCUGAACCGAAUAUAGAGAAGGACAUUCCUCAUUCGCUAGAAGAAGACAGUCGUAAUACGGCAGAGGAAAGCGGGAACCAAAAAGAAAACGUAAUUCCUCCAAAUACAGAACUGGAAAAUGACAGCACCCUACCUCAAGAAGCCCAUGAAUGUACACAGCAAGAACGAAGACUUGUUGACGAGCACGAUUCAAGGCCCAACGCUGAAGCGCCAACUGAGGAGAUUGGCCUUCGAAAGCCUAUGGCUGCUGAUAAAGAGAGAAGGAUGGCUGUCGUAAAAGAAAGUGAAAGCGAAGAUGCGCAAGUGAUUUCUGAUAUAAUGGAUGAACGCAAAGGAGAUGACGUGGAUGAUAAGUCAGAAGAAAGAAAAUCAAGUGAGUCUUUAGACAAUGAUGAUGAUCUUGGAGGGGAUGUUGCACAGACAUUUGAGUUAGAAGAUCUAUGGGAAGACCACCUAUGGGUAACAAGCCCUUUGCACUCCCCAAAAUUAAAGACUGUUGUAGAGACUGAGGCACCGGACAUACCACCAAAGAGGAGAGGAACUACAGGGCAACUAUACAAAAGGCCAGAGUUUACACGUAGCUUAUCCCUGGACAGUAAAGACACUCGAACGAGUCAGUGGACGUUGAAAAUGGCUGGCAUUAAAGCGGAUGGAGGCCGUUACGUUAGAUCAAAGAACGAUCAACUAAUAAACCAAAAUCUUAAACACGAACCACAGCAUGGACAAAUGAUAUCCAGAGAUCCCGAAAUGCCGGUGGGUGGAAAUGAAGUUGAUUCUUUGCUUAAAACCGAAGACAAUGAUAGAAGGCCAUGUAUAGAACCUGCAACUGAUCUUUCAUGGAUGAAGGACCAUGAAUUUGUGGAUACUACAGUAGAAACUCCAAGAGAGCCGUUAAAUUCCUUAGAUAGUUUGCCUAAUGUCAAUGUUCAGGAGAUAAAGCCUUCAACUCCUAUUUGUAAUAAUCAUCAACCAAAUGACAGUGGCAUUACCAAUAAAGGAUCAUCAGAGGAUACUCAAAGUCAACCUUCAUCCUUGAAAUCAGAUUCAUCCUCUUCAUCUGGAGCAAUUUUUACAUUUGAAAACACAUCCACCCAGAAUCCUGAUGGAACAAAACAUCAGCAGAUCCAUCAAUCAACCACAACUACCACACUAUCUCUGUAUGAUCGAUCAAAAAGUUUGAAUGAGAAGCCGUGUUCUCACCAAAAUAGCGAUUUGGAUUACUCAUCGGCAAAUCAUGCCCCAACGGGACGUCGUAACUCCGCUCCGGUCAGCGUCUCGGCAGUUAGAGCUUCGUUUAUGAUAAAAAUGUGCCAAGCCAAAGCUGUUCCAGUAGUACCACCAAAGAUCCAGUACACUCAAAUUCCUCAGCCAUUACAAGUGUUAAAUGCAGAUUCCGAAGUUCUUCCUCUUGAGAAAAAAGAUAGUGAACCUGAUUUGACAGUAAAGCAGGCUUCACCCCAAGUUACAGGACAUAAUGACAUUCCAAAGACACCAAAGACUGAGGUUAAAGCUGUGGAGGAAAAGGAGAAUAGUGAUCCAGUUUCUACAGAUGCUACUCAUCAUUCCACUUUGAAUUCCUCUUCAGACAACAACCGUGGUGUUUCUCAAGAUGUUCCAGUUCUUCGCCGCAAGCGAACAUCAGAUGGGGAGGCUUCUGGGGACACGCCCUUUUCAUCUAAAUUGGAACGCCCUUCUGGAAUUUCAAAGUCUUUUAGGUCCAGACCAGGAAGACCUCAAAGUCUCAUACUGUUUAGCCCACCUUUUCCCAUUAUGGACCAUCCUUCCGUCGAUUCCAGAUUCCUUCUAACUCCCAUUAAAAGCCCAACUCAGACCACUUCACAGGAGUCUGCAGGAGAAAACCAGAGGACUCCAGAUGGGGUCAUUCUCAGGAAUAAAAUGACAAUCCCCAAAAAUGGGCAAAGACUGGAGACGUCAACCAGUUGCUUCUAUCAACCACAACGGAGGUCUGUCAUCUUGGACAGUCGGAGUGGUAGACAAAUUGAGUAGCAGAUGGAAACCAGGGUAUAUAAAUUUUUAUGCAAAAAAGAGAGAAUGUUGAUCUUUGGAUCUUUCACUGCUACAGCUAACAUAUUUUGCUGCAUUUCUGGGUCAAUUUAUACCCUCCGGUGAUGGCAAAGCCAUAUGUAAAUAAUUAUAAGAUCCAAAAAGAACCAAUCUUUAAAACAUUGAUUUAGUGAAGGAGAUUUUUUUUUUUUGUGUUGGUUGUCUUCUUUGUCUACCUAAUGAUGGACAGUACUCUUUAUUUUUUGUAAUAUUAACAAUAUUGUAUAGCUGCAGUGCAGUUUAUCCAGUCUGAUUGAUCCAAAGAUGUCAAUGUUUGCUUGAAGCCGAGGUCUACAAACUUUCUGAACAAAGGGCCAGUUUAGUGUCCUUGAGGCUUUAGGGGGGGUAAACUGUGACCAGUAGGUUUAGAAAAUGCCCUGUUGUCAUUGAGAGUAAACAUCAUUGGUUUUAGUGGAAGGAAUAGUGUUAUAUAAGGCCUCGUACACACGAUAGGUUAA